UGCAAACAACUAAUGCGGAUCUAACCAAUAAAGUGUGUAAAGAAGUGAACAAAUUGGAUUCAAUGAUCUAAGAUUUGCCAAAACUCAGCGAGCAACCCCUCGCACAUUUCACCGGUUUCAGACCCAUUAUGCUCACAGACAUUGGCAGCAGUGCAAUCGGUAACGGAAAUACCCCCAGUGGCCACAAUAGUGGCUAUGGUCAUGUCCUAGUCAGCGGACUUUACUCGAACGACUCCUCCAGCGGAAUUGGCAGUGCGAGCAGUAAGAAGUUGGCAACGGGCAGCGAUGAGGCCAAUACCCAAAAGAGGAGCAGUGGCAAAGGAGAUGCUUAUGAGGAUGGGGACGACGAUGACGAAGACGAUGAAGAUGAAGAUGAGGACGAUGAUGAGGAUGAAACUACGGCGGAAUACCCUUUACUGCCCCUGAAGGACAGCGGGCCAUUGCCCCCUCAAGUCCACAGUUCCUCGUACAUAUCAGCCAGUAGGUCACCCCACUUCGGCGCCCUAGCUGGUGACCUCGAGCCAAAGUACCUUCCACUACAACCCACAUCCCCGUCCAACGAGAAAGCCAAGUGCGACGGUCCGAAAGGAGAGACCAACAACAACAACAUCACCAGCAGAGGGUACCACAAUCACGAGGGUACCCAUAGGCGCCAGCACGAGUAUCAGCUCUAUCCCAACGACACCUUUGCUCGACUGGAGGGAAAGUCCCCGAAGCCAAACACCAAGAUGCAGACCAAGGUGGACGCGGUGGGCCGGAUCACGGGUCCCUGGGGAAAGUGGCAGCUGCGCACGGUGCUACUGAUCUUCUUGUGCAAGAUUCCAUCGUCUUGGUUCAUGGCCUGCAUCAUUUUCACGGCCCCAGCACCGAGACACGGCGAGUUUUUCUGCAAGCCCCCCAACACAAUUGGAGCCCAGAACCAAACGCAGUGGAUCAAGGUCUCGCAUCCGCAAAAGGAGGAGAGCGACGACCAGGAGUUCAGCAUUGACUUCUGUAACGUUUACCAGGAUGCCCAGGAGCACGCCCAUCACUAUUACAACUACGAGAACAGUGACCAGGAGCCGCGCGUGUGGGAGAAGCCCCUGCACCGCAACUCCAACGUGAUUCCCUGUACGGAGUUCCAGCACGAGUCCGACUACCACUCGGUGGUCACGCAGUACGAUUUGGUCUGCUCCCGGGACAUUCUCGUAUCCGUCACCCAGUUCUUCCACCUCUUUGGCGUGCUCACCGGCGGAAUCCUUGCUAAUCAGCUGCUCAAAUAUUUUAGCCCCCGAAAUGUGAUGCUCUUCGGCAUGAUUACACAGAUAUUUUGUGGUAAUCUCACAGGGCACGUGGCCUCCUACGAGCUCCAUGUGUUCUUCCGGUGUCUCUCCGCCGUAUGCUGUGCCCAGAUGUACACGGCCGGCGGCCAAAUCAUGGCCGACAUAACAGGGGGAAAGUACCGAACGUGCGUCUCCACGCUGUUUGAGCAGUUCUGGUCUAUAGGGGUAAUGAUGUUGCCCGGAGUAGCCAGCUUCUGGUCCAGCUGGUCCCACCUCUACAUGGCCAUCUCGUGGCCAACUGUGAUACUAAUUUAUCUGUGGCAGUGGAUUCCCGACUCGCCGCGAUGGCUGAUCGCCCGCGGACGCACUCAGGACGCCAAGAAGAUCUUGCUGGAGUGUGUGGAGGUAAAUGGGACGGGCUACAACCUGCCGCACGACAUAGACCAGCAGCUUGACCUGCAGGCGCAGACCGCCAUGGAUGCUCCUCCGCUGAGUGGGUGGUGGUCAAUUUGGAAGGGAGAACGAGCGGUGCGACACAUUGUGUGUGUCCACCUGGCCUGGUCGCUGUACAUUGUGGUCUACUACGGCAUGCUACUAAAUAUUCGCUCCUUCAGUCGCGACCACCUUUAUAUUAACACCUUUUUCGCGGGCUUUAGCGAGAUGAUAGGGACUUUCUUCGGGCUCUUCCUGAUUCUUAAGACCACCCGCAAGUGGCUGUGGACGGGCAUCUUCAACAUCGUUGCAGGCUGCAUUGCCUAUUGCGGCUGGCUGGUUCCGAAGCCCAGCGUAAUUGGGCUGGAUCCAAAUGUAGCCCUGCUGAUGUGCUCGGCCAUGGUCUCCAAGAUGGCCAUUUCCACUACGCUCAGUAUACUGACAACCUGCACGGUGGAGCUGGUUUCAGAUGACAAAAAAAAGAUCACUUCCUUCUCCACAAUUUGCUGGGCCCGCUUCUGGCUGCUGGGAGCGCCCUUUAUUGGAUCCACAGUGGUCUUCGGCCAGCUCAUUCCUCAGACGGCCUUUGCCUCUCUGGCCAUUCUCGGUGGCCUGUGCACGUCCCUGAUCAGCAGUCCAAGGACACAUCCCAUCUUAAGGCCUUCCUCGCCUGCUGCACAGGGAGCCCAGAACAUGACCUCACAGUUCACCAUCAUUGACGGUUUGGACAACAAGGAUUACACGCCCACCUCGAAGACCAUCCACUCGAACAGCACCAUUUUAAAACUUAACACGCCGCAAUCGAAUCUACCUCCUCAACUGAUGCCCGGCAUUUGGACGACCAAGAUAAUCGAGGAUGGCCCACCUAUGUGAAGAGCUUUCAGAAAAGUGCAUUAACAAAUUAGCCGUGUAAUUGGGCUUGAGAUAUAGAAGCAUUUCUAUAGCCCACGAUUGAAGUCUUUAUGAUAAUAAAUUAGAUGUUAAGGUGAAGAAGCAGAUGUUCAAAGUUAAGAUAGUGCUAAAUUCACAGCUAGAGCAGCGUUCUAGUUCACUUUGGUGGUGCUGUGACUUCUAAACUAUAGUCUAUAAAAUAUACCUAUAGCCUGCUUAAUAAGUUUAGAGGUUCACUUACUGUAAGGCCACGGUUUUUAAGGGGAAGAGUCAGGAUAGUACUAGAAUUUUCGCACAUGUUAUUAGUACCUCAACUUUAUCCCUUAUCGGAGUGCUCAAUUGAGAAUGCCUCGCGCACUUGAAAACAAACGUAAAUUUCUAAGUAGGCAACCCUUAAGCUCUAUGCUGUGGAAUAGAAUAUUCGAGCAAACUAUUUUAGAUGGAUAUUUACGCUCGCCAACAAAUCCCAAACCCAUACAUAUAUUUUUCAUUGCCUUUAAUUUUAGAGCCUAGUUUCAGCGCAGCCAUAAUUAGUAGUCUUUUAAGCAAGUAAGUCAGAUGUGGAGCACACCUUGGGAAAAAGGGAAAGUCCAGUAUUAAGCAGUCACUAUUAAGCCAAAUCCUUUUAAAGGCCUGUGGUUCCACACUAAGUGAUUGUGUUGUAAACACCUGGAGAGAAUUACAUGAAAAGACAUAAGAGUAGUUACACAAUAAUUACAUAUUAUGGACACCAUUUAUAAAUAACCUUAUCCAUUAUUAAUAAUUGAUUAGCAAGAAAAUAAUAUUAGCCUACACCUUAAAUAAUUUACUUCGGUUACGUAUUAUAUUUAUCAAUUACCAAGCUAAUUCAAUACAAAUCAAUUAGUAGUUUUCAGGCUACACAAUGUAUAAAAUGUAUAAUAUUUUUAAUGUUGUAUCAUCUAGUUAAUACGCUUAGCAACAUGUUGAAUGUUAUCUGAUAUUGGUUACUACAUGAAAAGAAAUGUUAUACAUGGCAAAAGAGCAAUAUUUUUCUAAUAAAGUAUCACCAUAAAACCGAAA